CGCCAGACCACUGCGGGUCAGUCUCACCUGUGUGCAGCUUUCCGCUACGCUAGUCCACCUCACCAGUCCACUCCAACGGCCCAUGUUGGACGGAUCGACUGCAAGAGUGUCCGCACGGAUUAUUUUUGCUGACGACGGUUAACGUUUUCAUAGUGCCCGCGAAUUAGCAUUAUUAACUAUGCUCAGUGAACUUUUAUCUACUCAUUUUUCAGAACAUAUCAAAUUCAAAUUUAAAUCUUAGAUAUUUGUAAAAUUUUACAAAACUAUAUCUUCUGCGUGAUUUUAGUGUUUACUUGUGACAACUUGAAGAUUUAAUAUUUAGUUGCCUCUGUGAUUUUGUAUUUUGUGUAACCUGUGGACAUUUAUUGUUUUAUUUAAAACUUUUACUAGAGAUCUCUGUAGUACUAAUUAAUUCUGUCGCGACUUUGUUUAACGGGACAUUGUUUAAUGCAUAAAUGUUUCUUCUUCUAUAGUAUUAUGUAAAAGUAUAGGAUUAUGAAUUUAUAUACAUAGUGUUGAAAUAAUCAAUUAAGAAAACAGUGUAUAAUUUUAGCCAUGAUGUAAAUCAUCUCUCUUGUUUCGAGUUGGACAGUACGCAUCGGAGUUGCCGAAACAGUGGGUGGCCAAUUGAUUCGUCUCUCCGUUACGAGGAUGAUGAUGAUGGACAUGGGCAUGUACGGGACCUAUGGCAAACCUGACUCAUAUACUAACUAUGUGUUCUCGGGUCAAGGAAAUCAUCACCAUCAUCACCAUCAACCUUCAUCUGUCGGCGGUCACGUGUCUGUGCCUCCUUCCCCGGAGGUAGCUCCAACUCAUUACUACCCCCAGACUGCAGUGGCGCCAUAUUCUUCAUCGUCUUCCGAGAGUUUCCUAACUGCUGACUCGGGCACGUCGUCCAGUACGCCACCUCAAGGCUUCUACUCUCCGACGGGUGCUGUUCUCCACGAAAAUGGUUCUACCACGGCGAUAAUCUCCUCAGAGAAUGGUUUGAGCUACACUAAUCUAGAUUACGCGUCAUCCUCAUCGUACGCGAAUCAACAGCAACAUGCAGUAGCUUCGGUGGACCCGCAUCAAAACUACCACGUUCAACAGCCUGCUUACCGAGAAGAUCCUCAUCAUCAUCAUCAUCACCAUCAUCUACCAGGUGGUAGCAGCCUCCAUCAAACUACAGUACCCUCAACUAGUCAUUCAAGGACGGAACACGAUCAGCAACUCCAUCAUCAAUCCUCUAGUCAUCACCAUCAUCAUCACCAUCAUCAUCAUCAUGAACCGGAUUAUCCAAUAACAGUUGGUGCAACUUCGAAUUAUCUUCAUCAACUAUCCUCCUCCGACGAAUCUUUGCAUUAUCAAACACAGAUUCAACAGAGCGAGUUUUCCACGCACCCUCCGGGACAUUAUAAAGAAGAGAGCUCGGACACAACUACCUAUCAUAUUUUACAGCAAUCCAGUCACCUUCAACAUCCCCAUCAGCAUGGGCACCAUCAUCAGCAACAGCAUUCGCACGCGCAUCAUUCGCAACAGCAGCAACAGCAGCAGGCGCAAGUACCCACGUAUAAAUGGAUGCAGGUCAAGAGAAACGUACCCAAGCCAGUCGCGACAAAAGCAAAUCCUAAUGUAAUCGAGUUUGGUGGUGGCGCAACUGCAGGAUCAAGCUCGUCCGUGUACGGAAGCACCGCCAGCGGGACAGUAAGCUGCAUCGCCGGUUCAUUAGCCGGUAUCGCUGGGGGCUUCAACAAUACAGGCCGUACGAACUUCACGAAUAAACAGCUCACCGAACUGGAGAAGGAGUUUCAUUUCAAUAAGUACCUGACGCGAGCGAGACGCAUCGAGAUUGCUUCCGCGCUGCAGCUUAACGAAACACAGGUGAAGAUCUGGUUCCAGAACAGGCGCAUGAAGCAGAAGAAGCGUAUGAAGGAGGGCCUAAUACCGGCGGAUAGCACGAACGUGACGCCUCUGAGCGGUGCCAGGAGCAGCAGCAAUUCCCCGACGGGCUCGUCCAGCCACGAAAUCGGCGGUCUCGGCUUGUCUAGCUUUCCCAGCGACAACAGUAGGGAAUCACCCCCAUCUUCCAAGGAUUGACGCGACUUUUGCUGCAGUAACGAACGGCAUUACGGUCUAUGAUUCAAAAACUGAUAGAUCUCCGAUCAUCGGAGCUACAAGUUUAAUAAGAAUCAUGACGAUUACUGCAGCCACAAGUCACUUAAUUCACUAUUUUAGGCUGCAUCAUGAGUAUAUAAUACGGCAAAGGAGUUAAAACAAAUAAUGUCAUUCUGUAUCCUGAAAGUAGAGGUAUGUGAUAUAUGUAUAUUCGGGACACAUCUAUCUUCCCGUUUCUAAACUAACAUUGAUAUAACAUUGAUUGUGCUCUCCAUCAUAUUAUACGAAUCAUAUGGAUUUAGAAGUGGCGAAGAAAAAUUACAGCUACAAAAAGAUAUCAGGAAAGAUUUCAUAUUAUAAUAAUAUUACAUCCCAUAUCUUUCUCUUUCUCUUUUCCAAAAGCCGUCUCGAUUCCAUACUCCUUUAAGCUCAUUAAGUUAGCUUAAAAAUACUAGAUUGUACAUUAAUUUCGCGUAUUAUUUAUUUUGCGUUAUCUUAGUUUCCAAUGCGCUUUGUAAAAUUGUAUAAGAGUUUAAAUUCUUCCUACAAUUUACAUUCUCUUUAAAGUUACCAUGUACCUCAGUUCAUAGCGAUAUUUAUAAGUAUAAAUAAAAAUCCUGAUAAUCGCGCAAAUUGUUUAUUAACAUUUCGUUAAUUUUUAUAACUUU